UCCAUUUCAACUUGGCGAUCUUGGAAGUUUGAGAAUGUUAGAUCACAGUGACAAGGUUUUGGUUGAUCCAGAAGCAAUGGAAAGAAGAGAUGGAGAUGUUAUGAUCGAACAGAGCAACAACAACAAGAAGACUUGUUCUGAUUGUGGUACAAGUAAAACCCCUCUAUGGCGUGGGGGUCCUGCUGGUCCUAAGUCGUUGUGUAAUGCGUGUGGGAUUAGAAACAGGAAGAAGAGAAGAGGAACUACAGAGGAUGAUGAUGAUGAUAAGAACAAGAAACUGAAGAACAAAUCGAGUUCUGGCGGCGGAAACCCUAAAUUUGGUGAAUCACUAAAACAGAGGUUGAUUGAUUUGGGGAUGAAGAAGAGUCAAUCAACGGUGGAGAAACAACGGCGGAAGCUCGAUGAAGAAGAACAAGCCGCUGUGUUACUCAUGGCUCUCGCUUAUGGCUCUGUCUACGCUUAGUGGUUUUUUAUCAUCUGGAUCACACACACACACAAUAUGA